CUCUCAUACAUACACCAUCCAUCCACUAAAGGAUAUCUGUAGCAGCACCCAAUAUUUCUACUCUCUUGCUGCCAGACAGACCUUAUCUCCCAUUUCACAAACACCCACGUCACCUCGACUACUAUCAAUUGUGAAAGCGAACAACAUAGGAUAUAGUGAGAUCGAAAUCAACGAGGAAAUAAACAAAAUGGCACCUUCAAAAUCACCUUCAAAUCAAGAAAGACAUCAUCCUUAUCCUCGUCCAAAAGAUACUUCACGACAAGAACAAACCGAAUCUAGAUUACCAACAUCAGGUAUCAAAGUCCCACCUAGUCCACCUAGAUCCAGGAGGGAUGCAAGUGAGACGCCAAGUAUAGGAAUAGGAUUAGGUGUAGCUUUUGGUGGUUCUGGUGGGGGUAAAUGGUGGGAUGAUGAAUUGCCACCACCACCGGCUUCAUUAACGAGUAUAUUGGAAUCUUUUCGUCGUUCUGGUGAAGGUGAUAGAGAAUUGUUAUUAUCAAUCUUAGGGGCUAAAAAGGCGGAAGAAGAGCGUCUGACAGCACUCAUUCAAACUCGUUUAUCAAUACUUCAAGCUCGUCUUUCACUUCAUUCAGCUACCGCAGCAUUGUCUGCACCUCCUAUACAUGCACUCUCACCAUCCACAGCAUUCAGAGUUCCACAUUCUCAAAAUAUACCACACGAGAUCCGUGCGACUCCUCAUAUCUCCAUUUCUCAACCUCUUCAAACGUCCCAACCUCCUCAUACAUCUCAGUCAUCCAACGUGUCUCAACCAUCACAUUCCCCACAAUCUCAACACACUCAAUCUAAUACAUCCCAAAUAACCACAACGUCUCAAGGAACAACAAUCGUCAAUCCUAUCUCCCCUUCAGGCUCUACAACAUCCUCUCCUCCUUCUCUUCAUACAGACCCAGGUAACCUCUUCGCAGCAGCUUAUCAAAAUUCGGACAAAUCAGAUAAAAUACAUCUUCCACCUCCUACUGCCUUUCGAAAAGAAACAGGAGAUAGAGAAUGGGAGAAGGAGAAGGAAAGAGAAAGAGAAACUUUACCCCCGAUUCGAUUAUCAAAUAGAGAAAUGGGUUGUUGUGAUGAUCGACCUAGACAAAUGGGGAAGAACGGUUUGGAAAUGUUACUCGAUGCGGGAUUAAGAAGAGGCGAGGUGUAA